CUGAACUACUCCAAUUUGGUUCCACAUCUAUUCUUUCUGAUUCGUCCUUGCAUUUACAAACCGGGAUUACUGCGACUUCCAAUACAUACGUCUUCUCUGUUUUUGUUCAUGUUCAUCCAUGAUGGUUGGCCGUAAACUCUUCAAAACAAAGCUAUGUGUUCUCUAUCAGAAAGGUUACUGUUCUCGCCCAAGUUGCUCCUUCGCUCACGGAAACGCUGAACUCAGGCGAUUUGCUGCUCCUUCUAUCGCUAUACGAACACAAUCCCCCUCAUCUAUGGCUCUGUGGUUUGGUAUCUUGUUGCUUGCUAUCUUCGAUAUUUAAAUUGGUUCUGCUCAAGUCGUCACAUGAGACUCCACGCCUCUACCAAUGGAUAUUUAUUAUAGAUGGACGUUGAAUGAUUCCAAUAAUGCGAGAUGUAAAAAAUUUCUCCAAACUUGCAUGGUUACCGAAGUGGCUAGUAAAAAAUAAUAGUCCAGAUCAGACGAUUUUCAUUGGACUGGCAAUGGAUAUGGUGGAUUUUUUCUCUAUUGAGCUGCCCUGUGGUAUAUCUCUGGAGAUGUUUAUGGCCCUUGUGCUGCAUCAGCUAAUCCAGAAAGUACUUGUUGAAGAUUAUAAUUAUUUUCCAAAAUUUAUACAUCUCCCCCAGUUUUCGUUUAAUUAUCCCAUUACGAUCUUCUGGGUUAUGCUACCGUUGUUCAUGGGGCUUCCUUUUUCUUAGGAGAGGUUCUUCAUUUCUUUAUGCCUCCUGAGUAUGCCAAAGGACUUCCUCUUGGAGUAAUGCAAUUUUUAUGGGAGUAUUGCAUGAAGAAUCAAAUUUGAAUCUAUAUCAUUGGUCUGUACUUGUAUGAUUGUGUGGAAACUCAGAGAUAUCUCCCUUUUGGAUCAAUGUUACGUGAACUUAUUGUUCAGCAUGGUCACGGGAGUGAAAUCCUUCCUUCUAUUCUCGAUAUGAAGGUUAUCCCAUGGUUUAUUGUUGGGCAUGGAUUUUUCUAUAUCUUUUCAUUAUUUCUGUGGAUCUUUUGGAACUGGCAUGGCGGCACUCUUACUGUUCCUUAUUUUGUUUCUCAUCUUUUCCAUGUAAUGGUAGAACGGAAUAUAGAGGAAAUGAUUUAAGGCAUAAGCUUGACAGCAGGCAUUCUCCCCUACAGGAAAGGGAUUCUAGAGGGCGACAUGUACCUCGUGAGUAUAGCUCAUCUUGGUCACUCGAACGGCAUAGUGACCGUAAGAGAAGGAAAAAGGAACAUGGGGAUGCCUCUCGCGAUUAUUCUGGAAAUUUGAGGAUUUUAGAUAGGAAUGAAGAACAUGACAGACAAGGGAAAAUCUCAUCUGUUUCUAGAGACACUCUUGAGGGGCAGUUAAACAAGAUUCAGACAGAUAUUGAGAUGGCUGAGCAACGCAAACACCAAGCUGAGGUCUACAUGGACGAGAAAAUUCAAGAAGUGGACAGUUUGACUUCUAGAGUUCAAGAACUAGAAUCUCAAUUAUAUAAAGAGAGGCAGGAGUGUAGAAGGAUCAAAUCAAAAAUCAAGAAGUUUGUCAAAGCACAUAAUCGUCACUCAAGAUUACAAGAUGAACUGAGUCGGUCGCAAGUCCGCCUGCAACAGUUGGGGGAUCAGCUGGGGUCAGAUGUUAAUAAAAUUGGUGCCAAUGAAGAAGACUCAAGUAUCAAUAUUGUGAGCGAUGGAGAGGACCCUGGUUAUCAUGCAUCUGACCCUUUUCAUGACCUUCAAAGAGACACUUCUGCAAGCAAAAGGAAGAUGCAUGAUGUUCAAGAUAUUGCAGAGAACUUAAAACGAGCUGAUUUAGACAAAGGAAAUAAAGAGGCAGUGGGCAGAUUGAGAAGGAACUCUCGGUGGAAUGCCCAUCCUGCCAAAUCAACAUAUAGCAAAAUUAAGAUGGUUGGCAAUGAAAUCAAUGAUCUGAUACCUACAGCAAAUGAAAGCAGGCAAAGGAGGGGAAGGACAUCUAGUAGUGUUUCUUCUGCAGACAAGGUUAGGGGUCUGGAUUCAGGUGUUGCAGUGCCAUUAACCAGCAUGGCUGGCCAUGCAGUGGAUGAGGAAGUUGACAUUGACUUGGAAAUCAACCAUGAAGAGAAAGAACCGAGGGAAAAUUCUAUGGAGGCUGCAUCUGGCAGCCUGCCUUUCCUUCCCCCUCCACCACCACCUCCAAUUCGUGAAUUCAGUCAUUCAAAGUAUGAAGGUGAAGAUCAAAAUGUAGAUGUGGAGGUGGUCGAUGAAGAAAAGGAAUACAUGGACGAAGCUUAACAUUGGGUGAUGCUGCUGUAGAGGUUAGAACAACUCUUAGUAUAGUGAAAGUAUUGGUUUACUUAGAGAGUUUCGCAGAAUGAGGUUCUUGUUAAACACAAUUCUACUUUCCAGUUUUAUUAGAAAUCAGAUAUCGGCAAACCUUCCCUCGUUCUAUUUCUUCUUGGCAGAUUUUGAUUGCUAUCUUUCGAAUUAUUUUGGCGAAGCAACACAUUGUGCACUGA